CGGCCUUCGAUUCCGAAAGCUAGAAGCUGCUACAAACAUGUAGAGCGACCGCUGCCUGACCGGAGACUUGAAUUAUGUAAGUCUCUUCCCCGUCAUAGGACCUCCAUACCAUCCCACCGUCCCCGUGCUCUUUUGCUGUCGUCACUCUCCGAUUUGCUCUGUCCGUCCACCAGAUGCGCCAAAGCUCGGAUAGUCCGGCGCCAGCCCCCGCAGUGUUGGGGGCGUCGGUGUCGUCCUCCAGUCUAUCGGCGGCACAGCGCAAGGUGCGGCUCACCGACCGCGAGCUAUUUGCGCGCGUGCAGCGCGUUGUUGUACCCGAUGGAUCAGUGGAUUUACACCGCCUGUCAUCCAGGCGAGGGUGGAAGCGUGUUCGGACCGGUGUGACAGGCGGCAUGAGUGUCCAAUACCGAGUGCUGCGUUGCAUCGCUCCGUCCCAGACGCGGCAGUGCCAGGUCGUUGUUGGUGGCGAGAUCAAAGCACGAACGUCCGAGCUGCUGUCGCUGCUACGAGCUCCGACCGAGAGCGAGAGCAACGCGCUCCUGCGUGCUCUGUACGGAUCGCAGUUCAUCUACAGCUCUCUAUUGCAUGCUAUCCCCAAUACAGAGCGAGGAUCGCUACCGUCACCUCCACAAAGAGAGAGUACGCAUUGUAACACCGGCCAGCAACUCAUGGUUCGUACUGUGAGCUUCGCACACAAAGGACUGUUCAAUCCUUUCAAACAGCGCGCAUCAACUGCAACUGCGUCUGACUCGAUCACGUCGGAUUCGCAGAGUUCGAGUCAUCACCAGCAACAUUAUGGACGCAAAAACGAGCAGUGCUGCUUGAUUGAACUCUUGACGCCUACGCAGGAGGGAUUCAAACUCGCCUUUUGCACGCUGGAUGCAUCUGAAGUUACGGCAGGCAAGGCGCCACCCGAGCGUGUCAUCGCGCUACACCCGAUCUCAGGCUGGUUGACAGCCGAGCCAAAGCCUGGCAAUCCAGGAACGCUUCAAAUCACCUUCCAGGCUGCGUUCCCAGGCAGCUUGCCUGAUAGUUGCGACUGGCGUGUUGCUCAAGACCGAUUGCUAUUUAUCGGCAGGGGCAUUUGCCGACUGGAGAAAGUUCUCCGUCGACGACGACGCCAUCAUCGUCAUCAACACACUGCACCGGGACGACUGUGGCAAGCAAUGUUGAACCCGUUUCGAGCUAUUGGGGUUGUCGGCUUGGACGAAGAAGGAUCUGGAGGUACUCAUCACAACUGGCAUUGUAUUGCCUGUACCCGAUCGUUCUUCCCUACUCUGCGUAAGAAGUGGAGUCGCUGUGACUUGUGUGCUUAUCGAAUCUGUGCAGAGCCACCAUGUUGUUCUCAAGAGCGAGUCGCUAUCUACAACCGCUAUGUUGCACCAUUACUUGUCUGCGCUCGAUGCCGGGAGUGCAUUGACGAGCGCGAGAAUCCUGAUAGAGGGAGUGGGAAUCCGUUAGGGAAUUCAACUGGGGAUGCCCGCUAUACGGGGAUCAGUCUGCGAUUUACAGGUCGAGAGAGCGAGCUCGAACCGGAGCUUGAGUUGGAUCCCAUGGGCCAAAGUUACGAUCGAUGGGGAACGACUACUACAACCGCCAGAAGAUCAAGCGGUGGAGUACGAAGGAAACGUAGAACCCAAUCGGACCCGCCACCUCUGCUGGGGUUAGCGUUCUCAAGUUCCGGAGACGAUAGCAGCUCUUCAGGAGCGGAUAUCGCACCCGAUGCUCGUUCGAAGCACUAAGGGAUCUCAUUGUGUAAUUCUCGCGCGAUUCAACGACCGCGCAUGUGAAGAUACUGUUAAAACUAUCACUCGAUCGCAAUUGAGGAAACCUCGACGAACGGAGUAAGUUCAGGUUUCGGCUAGGCAACAGUGUCGUGCCACGAACGUGUAGUCAUCAUAAUGUGUGUUCGCAAUUAUUGUUGGUUUUUGGUGGGAUUGACCAACAUGUUCAACAUCAUAAUCCUCAUAAUGAUUGGCCGUCAACUUCAAC